GGCGGGAGGGAGAGAGUAAGUAGUUUGAGAGAUGCGUUGCAGCGGCGGAAUGUCUUCUGUUUGCUGUCUGUAAUCGCGGAUAUCGUUUCUUCCACUUUCACUGACUCUACGUUGUACGGGUGUUGCAUUUUGUUGAAGUGUUGGAUUCACUACAACUACUACGAUGUGGAUUUACAAGGUCAUAUUCGGACUCUUAGUCAUUUCUUGUGCUGAGGGCAAACGUAAUGCACUCCAGGAUUAUCAGAAAAGGGAUGGACUCAGAUUGAUGAUUGUGUCCCCUGAUCCUUCCCUCGUGACCAAAAGCAGGAAGCUGAGUUUGGCCAAAUGUGCUAAAUCCUGCAGUCGCAACAAGAGGCUUCCCUUCACCUGCAGAGCUUUCCUCUAUGAUCUUAAAAACAAGAGAUGUCAGUGGCUGUCAUUUGAUGUAAACUCACCAGGAGCUCUUAGUCAACCAGACUUUAACUACCACCUCUACCAAAAGACAGAUUAUGUCAAAGAGUGUGUUGUUGGUAUAGGUCAGAGCUACAGAGGUCGAAGGUCAGUGACUGUUUCUGGGAUCCUGUGUCAGCCCUGGGCAUCUCCUAUUCCUCAUGAACACAAAUUCAUGUCCAAGAAGUACAGAAAGAAGGACCUCAGAGAAAACUACUGCCGAAACCCAGACAACUCCACUGGUGGCCCAUGGUGUUUUACCACUGACCCUCGACCUCAUCUUAGACACCAGGAGUGUGGCAUACCACAGUGCUCACAAGUGGAGUGUGUAAACUGUAAUGGAGAAGAUUACAGAGGGCCCAUGGACCACACAGAGACUGGAAAAGAAUGCCAGCGCUGGGACCUGGAUGAACCACAUGUACACCCGUACCACCCUAAAAGAUACCCGGACAAGGGCCUGGAUGAUAACUACUGUAGAAAUCCAGAUGGACGCCAAAAACCCUGGUGUUUCACCACAGACCCAAACACAUCCUGGGAGUACUGCAACAUCAAACUGUGCGAAACACCUUCUAAAAGCAUUAUUCCUGAAACUACUUCAUGUUUUGAGGGCAAAGGGCAAGGUUAUAGGGGGACAAUGGACAUGACGCCCACUGGCCUCACCUGCCAACGCUGGGACACUCAGUAUCCUCAUAACCACACAUUCAUUCCUGAAGCGUACCCCUGCAAGGACCUGAAGGAAAACUACUGUCGAAAUCCUGAUGGCCAGGAUUCCCCUUGGUGCUUUACCAUGGACCCAAGAGUCCGCAUUAUGUUCUGUACAAACAUUCCACAAUGUAGUUCUCAAAUCAAAAAUGCCAAUGACUGUUAUGAAGGCUUUGGGGAAAGUUACCAAGGACAGCAGUCAAAAACAAGGUCAAACCUCCAGUGUGCUCUUUGGACACAUCACAGCAACAGAGGUGAGACAGGCAUGGAGGAAAACUACUGUAGAAAUCCUGACAGUGACAAACAUGGCCCUUGGUGUUAUACCAACAACUCAGCCAUAUCCUGGGACUACUGCUCUGUAAAGCCAUGUGAUCCAUCACAGCAUAUAUUUCCACCUGGUGAACUGUCUUCUGUGGGUUGUUUUGUCCAUAAAAGUACCAGAAUUGUGGGAGGAAGUCCAGUGAGCAUAUCAGAAGGCAGCUGGAUGGUCAGCAUACAAAAGGGGUCAGUACACUGGUGUGGUGGUUCACUUAUACGAGAGGAAUGGGUGCUAACCGACAGUCAGUGCUUCUCCUCAUGUGUUCCAGACCUCAGCGACUACCGGGUGUGGCUGGGAGUCUCUAAUAUAAGAGAGGGAGGUUCUGAGUGGUCCAACAGACAAGAAGUCAGCAUUGCUCAUGUUAUUUGUGGCCCGGAUGGCUCAAGUUUAGCCCUAAUAAGACUUUCAAAGCCUGCACUUCCUUUAGACAAUGUCCGUACGAUACAGCUACCUGUGGCUGGCUGCUCCAUACCAGAAGGAACAACAUGUAACAUGUAUGGAUGGGGUGAAACCAAAGGUACUGGAUAUGAUGGCAUCCUUAAGACAGUUAACCUACCAAUUGUUAAUAAUGACAGGUGCAGAGAGAUGCACAGAGGGUCUUUCCACAUUACCAACAACAAGAUAUGUGCAGGGGGGAGAAGGAAUGAGGGAGUGUGUGAAAGGGAUUAUGGUGGUCCUCUCGUAUGUCAAGAUGGAGAGAUCAAGGUCAUAGUUGGAGUGAGCAUCCAUGGCCGAGGUUGUGCACGGGCAAACCAGCCGGCCAUCUUUAUAAACAUCCCUUUCUACACACAGUGGAUACAUAAAGUUUUCAAACACUAUCCCAGCCCUGAAGGUGUUUAGCCAGGGUAAAAUAAUCAUGUUUGUUUAAAUCCUACAGUAAAAAAAAAAAAAGAUAUACCUGUUUUCCAAAGUUGUUAUAGUUAUGAAAGUGAAUUGGUAUCAUCAACAUAGAGAGGAACAAUUUACAGCAGUGCCCACAAUGAUCCUGUAAAUAGUCAGUGCCCAUUAUGGAAGAGUUAGCGAGAUUAUGGAACAUUUUACAGAAGAAUGGAUGAACUAAUGACGCCUCCAUUAGUAAGACCUGAACAUAGACAUAAAGAAACACAGCAAUUGUAUUUAUGUAUUAUCAUUUUUUUCUUUGUUCCUUCAGUCCUGGGAAUGAUAUGUAUGCAUGUGAAUAUUGUCAAUUCCUGACAUUACUUGAAUGUUGUAAAUUACUGCAAAAGUGCAGUGUUUCAGCAGCUUUACCUGUAGAAUUGACCACUGGGUCGUUGAGAAAACAACCCAGUGGCAGGACAACAUAAUAUGCAAGCUAGGGAAAAUGCGUACGUGAGGUAACGUUGCUGUCACUGUACAUAGUGUUUCUGAGUGUAUCUGUGACACUCAUAAGGUGAUCUGGGUCUUAUAGAUCCAUUACAUGAGAAAAUUAAUUUUAUUGUAGGAACAGUUUUAUCACAUGUCGCAUUAUCCUAACAAUAUUGCAACACCAAAGUAAACUAAAUCUCCAGUAUUGUAAUAUUAAGGGUUCGGUAUUCACCAAAUACAUAUACUUUAUAGAGAAAGAAUGUAGUUUUGUUCAGUUAUUUUUGCUACAUUUUAGAAGCUUUACUUCCUAGAAUACCCUUCACUGAAUAACCCAUUGAAUCAGAUCUGCUGGUAAGAUCCAAGAAGAAGCCAAACCUGCUGUUGACAGGGUUAGCUUAACAUAGCUUUUGGAAAGACUGGCUCUCUAAAUAAAAAAAAUCCAGGAAGAAGUAUCUGGUAGCACCUAGCUUUCAUGCCAUUAAAUGCUACAGUGUGCACAAUGCUCAUACGCCACUAAUCAGUGGUAUACUUUGCAUUUCUGACUUAGGCCUUUGAACAAAUCAACAUCCUAUAAGUUUCAUUAUAUCUAGUCGAAAAGCAUCAAUACAAAUUUUAAAAUCUAUCCACCUUUCUUUUCUUUAGAUUAGAUCAGUUCAAUUAUUCGGUUGUACAGAUUAUCCGUGAGUUGCAUUUCUAACAAGUGCUUUGUAUAUCUCCACCCAUGCUAAUAAUAACAACAGUUCAGUCUUUCCUGUUUUCCUGUAUUUAUGGUCAUAUAUUUUAGUUCACUUAAUGACAAUGUCCACCAGACAGAAGCAGUUUGCUAGAUUCAAGACGGUGUGAUCUUUGACUAUCCAAUCAAAUCAACAAAAAUCACAAAUGCCUGCUAGAAACAAACUCCUUGCCAUACAUUUUAUGCUCCACAUAAAAGCGCCACACUACUGAUCCUGAAGGCCUUACAGCAGAUUUCUUUCACCCUGACAGGCUGGAGGCUGAAAUAUGAUUGAAUGAAAAAAAAAAAAAAAUACAGCAUUCACAACUGGAAGUGGCGCAACCAAGAAAAGCUGAGAAUGAGAAUAAAUGAUGAGAACAGACUAGUCUGUAUUAUUUUAUAAAUAUUCCUGAUAAAUAUAU